AUGGUGAAGGUGACCGUCGGCAAGGCUGAGGAUCCCUGGUGUGAGAUUGAGCUCACCGAAGAGGACGUGGAGGACUGGAAGAAGGGUGUGGACAUCACUGAGGAGAAAUUCAAAGAGGUGAUUCAGCUGCCCCCAAUCACCUUGGAGAAUUGCCAUGAGCGUGAAGACGGAGACUUACAGUGGGAUGAGAUCACCUUUGAAGAGGAGGUGAAUGGCAAGUACUGGCACGCCGUGAUUAUGGCCUUGCACCGGAUCCGAGAGGAUUUUGUGAAGAAGCAGUGA